AUGGAACAAGAUGUCAUAAAUUUGAAAAACCAUACUACUCAAUAUAAAAUACUGAAAGAUGAAGAGAUAAAACAAAAAGCCCUGAAGACAUAUAUGGAUAGCGAUGAGUAUAAAAAAGAAGUUGAAGCAAAUGUAAAGGCAGAAAAACUUUUACAGUUGCAAAACCAAACCGUACAGUAUGAAAACUUAGCACAAGAAAGUAAAAAUAACGACGCGGCUAUGCAAAAGGCAAUGAAAAGCGCAGAAUAUAUAAAAGCUAACAAUGACUGGUUAGAUGCCCAAGCCAACGCUAAAGCAGCCCAACUCAUAGGGUCAAUAAGGACAAAAAUACAAGCGGAUGAAGAUAGUUCAAAUGAAGCUUUAACAAAUGCUGACUUUAAGAACGCUUUCGAAGCUCUUCAUAGUAAGGUGAAACAAGUGAACGACUUCUCAUCUGGAAAGAAACUGAAGUCUGAAGGUUUCGACAAAGAGUUAAAAGAAGUAGCACAAAAUAUGACGAAAAUAACAGAUGCAGCAACGAGACAGGCAGUUCAAAGUGCCUAUGACGCCGUUAGAGCAACUGUUGUGAAAAGUCAAGAAAAAGAGUUACAACAGACCAAAACAGACCUAGUAAAUGCUUUCUUAAAAACGAAAAGUCAGGUAGGACAUUACGCUGCAGAUGGAACAUAUGUGCCAGCUGGUGGAACUUAUAUACCACCAAACCCUCCAAGAGAAGCACCUGCACCAGGACUACCUAGAACAUUUACAUC